AUGUCGGAACGCAAAGUACUACAGAAAUACUACCCUCCCGACUUUGACCCAAGCGCUCUUCAGCGUCGUCGUGGACCCAAGAACGCUGGACCUCGCAUUCAGCAGGUUCGCAUAAUGUGUCCAUUUACUAUGCGAUGCACGCGAUGCGGCGCCUUCUCGAAUCGCGGUUUGAAGAAGAACGCUCGCAAGGAGACUCCUCCGGACGAAAACUCGGAGAUCAUCAUCAAGACCGACCCAAAGAACCAAGACUACGUUGUGGUUAGUGGAGCGGUGAGGAACAAUGAACCAUGGAGGAAUCGCGCGGCUGAGGAAGAAAGCGUCGAACAACGUCUAGAUAGGUUGGAAAGAGAGGAAGCAGAAGCCGCGGGCGAGGAAGAGUUGGACAAGAUGGAGGAGCUGGAAGCCAAGAACCAGGAUGCUCAACGAGAGAUGGCCGCCGCUGAUGCCUUGGACGAAAUCCGCCACAGAAACGCUCGCAUCAACCGAUCUGAGAAAGAAGGGGUGGAUUUUGUAGAUACUAUCGUGCGAACAGAAGACGAAGAGAGAAAACAACAGGAAAGGGAGGAUGAAGAAGCUGCCAAGGCAGCAUUCGCUGCAGCGCGAGCGCAGGUGGAGAGCUCCGUGAAGGUUGCUGAGCCAGAAAACACACCGAUUGAGCCGCAAGCCCCAGCUCCAACGUUUAAGAGGGCGGUGAAAAAGAAGAAGGAUCAUGCGGCUGCUCUAGGUCUCAAAAAGAAGUCGUCAUGA